AUGCGAGGAGUAGCCAUCGUUUCCCCAGUCCGCACCGCCGUCGGUAACUUCGGCGGGGGCCUGCGCGACAUAACCGCCGCCGAGCUGGCUUCCACGGUGAUCAGCGCUGCUCUGGAACGGAGCGGCAUCGACCCAGCCCUGGUUGACGACGUCAUUCUCGGCCACGGUUAUCCCUCCGGCGAGAACCCCGCAAUCGGGCGGUUGGCCGGUCUGAAGGCGGGCCUGCCAAUUGAGGUGCCCGGCUACCAGCUGGACCGGCGUUGCUCCUCCGGACUGCAAGCGAUUCUCAACGCCUCUAUGCUGGUGCAGACCGACAACGCCGACGUGGUAAUAGCCGGCGGCGUGGAGAGCAUGAGCGGCGCCGAGUUCUACAACAACGAAUCGCGUUGGGGCGCCCGGUUUGGAUCGGUUACAUUCCAUGAUCGCCUGGCCCGCGCCCGGGUUACCAUCGCCCCCGAAGAGCGUUUCGGACCCAUACCCGGCGGCAUGGUCGAAACGGCGGAAAAUCUGGCGAAACAGUACGAAAUCCCACGGCAGGAACAGGAUGAAUUCGCGCUUCGGAGUCACCAGCGCGCGGUGGCAGCCCGGGACGCCGGCAAGUUCAAUGCUGAAAUAGUGCCGGUUAGCAUUCCGCAGCGACGCGGCGACCCCAAAAUCUUCGACACCGACGAGGGUCCCCGCGGCGAUACCACGAUAGACGUUCUGGGACGCCUGCGUCCGGUGAUGCAGGAUGGCUGCGUUACCGCCGGCAACGCCAGCAGCCAGAAUGAUGCUGCCUCAGUGUGCCUGGUGGUGGCGGAGGAUAAGCUCGAGGAGCUGGGUCUGACUCCCAUGGCCUAUCUGCGAGGUUGGGCCGUAACCGGUUGCCAUCCGGCCACCAUGGGUAUCGGACCGGUAGCGUCCGUCAACAAGGUUAUGAACAAGAUCGGCAUGACGCUGGGGGAUAUGGACAUCAUUGAACUCAACGAAGCCUUCGCCGCCCAGGUGCUCGCCGUGCUCCGCGAGUGGAACCUGCCCCACGAAGAUAACCUCAACGUCAACGGCUCCGGCAUAUCACUGGGCCAUCCCAUCGCCGCCACCGGCGCGCGUAUUCUGGCGACCAUGCUCCACGAGAUGGAGAGGCAGGAUUUGCAGUGGGGUCUGGAAACCAUGUGCGUAGGCGGGGGACAGGGCGUAGCCGCAGUUUUCGAGCGUAAAUAG